AUGGGGAGCAGAGAAAGGAGUGGGAAAUUGGCGGGGCUAGGCGAACACGACGAUGAUUCCUCCUCGUAUCGUUGUACUAAGAAGACUACUAGGCUUAAUCGUCAGUUUCAGUUCUCUCCUUCUGAAACUGAGGGUUCUUGCUUCGGUGACGGCGGAAAUGGAACUUCUGCUGCUCCUGCCGGUGGGCCCAUUUUCUUUAACUCUGCUGCUCCUCUUACCGGGGGGAGCAUGGGGUCUGAGAAAGCUGUAGUUUUUACAGCUUCCCAGAGGCAAGAAUUUGAGAGGCAGAGUUUAAUAUACAAAUACAUGAUGGCUUCGGUUCCUGUUCCUCCUCAGCUUCUCAUUCCUUUACCCAAAACCCAAUCCAACAAAUCUGGGUUGGAUUUGAAGUUUCCGGCCGGGUCGGAUCCGGAGCCGUGGCGGUGUAGGAGAACAGAUGGGAAGAAAUGGAGGUGUUCUAGGGAUGUUUUGCCUGACCAGAAAUACUGCGAGCGCCACGCUCACAAAAACAGACCCCGUUCAAGAAAGCCUGUGGAAAUUCAGUCUCACAAAAACUCUCCUAAUCACAACAACAAUUACCCUGUCACUGUGCCCAGUUUUCAGUUCCCGGCAACUGCCUCUUGUGAUCAGAACAGGAGCAAUGAAUGGUUUGCCAGACAAAAGCAGCAAUUCGUCUUGUCACCGCCACCAUCAACGUUGGGAUACACCAUUGGCAAUGCCAUAAACAUGAAUACAUCAUCGCUGUAUAGGCCCGAGCUUAGUAGUAACGAGCAAGGAUUCGUGAACCCGAAUCUAUUUCUCGAAGGCCAUGAAGCGAGGAGUCAUCAGGUGAAUAGCGCGUUUCUUAGCCACAACAUGGCGUUUCUACAAGCAAAUGCCGGGAUAGUCCACCCAACACAGCACUUCAUUGAUGGACUAGACAAUACUGAUCAUAACAGUUUAAGCUGCAAGAGUUCGGAUAGGAAGUUGCCGUUUUGUUCUUUUAGGCUUUCAGUGCCCGGAGGGGGCGAAGAUAACCACCACCAAGGGCUGAGCGUCGGAAUGUUGAACCCAGAAUCUCAGAGCUCGUCCUCAAUAAUGCCCGGUGGACCUUUGGGCGAAGCGUUGUGUCUUGGCACCGCCUCGAAUUUGCCAUCGCCUCACGGGUAUAGCAACAGCAGUGGUACCAGUAGCUGCAGCCUCAUCUGAGGAUGGAAGUUGUGGUCUUAAUAAUCUCAUAGGGUGACUUCACUUGUUCAUUGCUAUAAUCAUCUGUGUUGGAUGUUGUUGCAGGUUUAAAUUCUUAGGCUAUGAUCUUGUGAAGCAUAAAAUUCUGCAGAUGUUAUUACCUGUUUUGCUCUUCUGUUUGACUAUGUUGUUCACUGUCCCAUAAUGCUUUCAUUUGUUUAUUGCUACCUACAUACCUUUCUCCU